GGAAAGAUAUGCUACAUACUCAAUUUUCUUUUGCACUCCUCUUUCGUCUUCCUUCCUCUCUGCGCCAAAAGUCCUAAAACACUGUCGUAGUCCUAAGACCUAAGGUUCAGAGUAGUUGUGUAUAGGGUAUAGCCAUUGAUGGCUUCAGGUGCGAAAGAAUUGCCUUCCAACAACCCAGGCCUUCAGGCUACCCCUGAAGAUGCCACCAAAGGUUACUUCUUGCAGCAAACUAUGUUCAGGAUUAAGGACCCAAAAGUCAGCCUUGAGUUCUACUCCAAAGUAUUGGGCAUGUCAUUGUUGAAGAGAUUGGAUUUUCCAGACAUGAAAUUUAGCUUGUAUUUCAUGGGAUAUGAGGACACAUCAUCAGCACCCAGUGAUCCAGCUGAUCGUGUUUCUUGGACGUUUGGUCAGAAAGCUACCCUAGAGCUUACACAUAAUUGGGGUACUGAGAGUGAUCCAAAUUUCAAGGGUUACCAUAAUGGAAAUUCAGAGCCUCGUGGAUUUGGACACAUAGGAAUCACUGUUGAUGACGUAUACAAGGCUUGCGAGAGAUUUGAGAAACUUGGUGUGGAAUUUGUAAAGAAACCAAAUGAUGGAAAAAUGAAGGGGAUAGCAUUCAUUAAGGAUCCUGAUGGCUAUUGGAUAGAGAUCUUUGAUACACGUUCUAUCAGGGAGGUUACUUCUGACGCUGCUUGAUUUUACCUCUUCCCGCGUAUCAGUCAGGAGAUCAAUAAUCGACACCAAGGCUUGUUUGGUUAUGUUUUCUUGAAUUGAAUGUGUGUGGAUUUGAAAUAAUAAUAAUAAAAUGAAAAUAUUCUGCUGAUAUCUGUUGUAGUGUUGUCUCUGCUGAUAUUCUUCACACUGAGGAAAUGGAUAUUUUUGGGAAAUAUUUAUGCAAAUACUCUCGGAAAUUUGAUGCCUUAGAAGAAAAUGUUUUAGGGCCCGUUUGGUGAGUUUUAAGUGAUUUAAUAUUUGUAUAAUAAUUCUCCAAGCUUGUA